UCGAUCGCGGUUUAUCCGCUUUUCUCUUGCAUGGUCCUCUCGUUUCCGGAAAAUCAUGCCGUUCCAGAGAUUUGUGCAGUCAGGCCGUGUGGCCUAUGUGAGCGAUGGGCCUUAUCAAGGCAAACUGGUCACUAUUGUUGACAUCAUCGAUCAGAAUCGGGUUCUGGUCGAUGGCCCAUUGACAAGUGUACCCCGUUGUGAGAUGAGGCUUAACGAGCUUCACUUGACGAAAUUCCGCUUACGUUUUCCAUUCUCCGGAUCCACUCGUGUAGUACGUAAAGUAUGGGAGACGGCUAAUAUCAAUGAAUUGUGGAAGCAGACGAUGUGGGCUAAAAAAGUUGAAGCUAAAGAGAAGCGUGCUGCACUUUGUGACUUUGAUCGUUUCAAGCUGCGCAAAGCGAGGCAGAUAAGGAACAAACUGCGAACGAACGCGUUUUUCAAAUUAAAAAAGAAAACCAAGAAGACUAAAGCAGGUGGUGCAGCGAAGAAAAGUACGAAAAAAGCUGAGAAAAAGUAACAAGUUUUGAAUUAAAUACAAAAUUAUUUUACAAA